AUGGCUGGUAACAAAAACAACGUGCCCGAGCCCGUCUCGGCGCUCGACUUUUCCGCACACACGGCCGACGCGUCCAAGGUGCUCGCCGCGCUCAAUGUCGACCCCAAGACCGGCCUGUCGGAGGAGGAGGCGGCCAAGCGGCUGGCACUCUACGGCCCGAACCGCAUCAAGCCGCCGCCAAAGGCCAACAUCUGGAAGAUCAUCGGGCGGCAGGUCGCCAACGCCAUGACGGCGAUCCUGAUCGGCGCCAUGGCCGUGUCCUUUGGCGUCAUGGACUGGAUCUCGGGCGGCGUCAUCGCUGCCCUCAUCCUGCUCAACAUCUCGGUCGGCACCUGGACAGAAUGGGAGGCAGAGAAGAUCGUCGCGAGCCUUGAGAGCGUCGGUGCUCCCAUUGCCAACGUCGUACGCCACAACGCCGCGGGCGCAGUGUCCACUCGCACCAUCGCCGUCGACGAGGUCGUCCCCGGUGACAUUGUCGUGAUCAAGAACGGCGACAUUGUGCCUGCCGACGGCCGCGUGUUGGACGGCGUGAGCAACCUCGAGGCGGACGAGGCGUUCCUCACCGGCGAGAGUCUGCCCGUCGCCAAGCAGGCUGAGCCUGUCAGCGAGGACAACUGCCCCGUCGGCGACCGCGUGUCUAUGGUCUUCUCGGGAGCUCAGAUCACAAAGGGCCGCGCGCACGUCGUCGUCACGUCCACCGGCAUGGGCACCGAGAUCGGCAAGAUUGCCAAGGCCCUGCAGAACAAGGCCGUCCGUACAGAGACUGGCUGGGCUGCGCGCAUCCACCGAUUGAAGGUUACCCUCGGCCUGGCCGAGACAUCGCCGCUGCAGAUCAAGCUCAACUCGCUCGCCUACACCCUCCUCUGCGCCGCCAUUGUCACCGCCAUCGUCGUCCUCGCGUCCACGGGCUUCAAGCACAUCCCGAAGUCGAUGGCUACAUACACGGUCGCUGCGGCCGUGUCGAUGCUGCCCGUGUCCAUUGUGGCCGUCGUCUCGCUCACCCUGGCUCAAGCGUCCUCGGAUCUCGCCAAGCGCAACGCCCUCGUGCGCCGGAUGGACGCGAUCGAGGCGCUGGCUGGUAUUUACAACGUGUGCUCGGACAAGACGGGCACCCUCACCGUCGGCCGCAUGGUAGUCAAGAAGAUGUGGGUCCCCGUCCAGGACUCGCGCGACGGCGCCGCCCCGACCGACACGACUACGGGCCAGGUCUACGCUUUCGAGACUGGCGCCGACCCCUUCUACCCCCGCGGCGAGGUCACUCCGGACGACACCCCCCUCGUUGCCGGUGCUACGCUCGACGAGAAGUCUGCGGACCAGGAUGAUGCUGCGCCCGUGGAGGUCAGCACCAUGGAGCGUGGCCUGCGCGACCUCGCCAUUUGCACCUCGCUCUGUAACCAGGCCACACUGUCCCCGGGCACGGAAGAGGGCCAGGGAUACCAGGCCAACGGCGACCCGACCGAGGUCGCGCUUCAGGUUGCCGCGCACAAGCUCGGCUUUGACAAGCCCCACCUCACCGGCGCGCUCCCGUCCCACCAGGACAAGGACAAGAAGCUCGCGCGCCACACAUCGCGCAACUCGAUCCUCCGCACUGACGCCAUCAAGGGUCACUAUGAGCAGGUGCUCGAGCACCCCUUCGAUUCGACGGUCAAGCGCAUGUCUAUGGCUUACAAGCUCGUCGGUGGCGAGAAGCCCGAGCUCAUUUGCGUCCUCAAGGGUGCAGUCGAGCGCGUCCUCCCCUGCUGCACGCAUGUCCGCGACCAGCCGCUCAACGAGGCCGUUCUCGCCGAGAUCAUGACCAAGGUCGAGGCACUCGCGUCCCAGGGCCUCCGUGUGCUUGCCUUCGCCGCCAAGCAGGAGCCCGUCGACAAGGAGGCCGCGAUCAAGGCCAUGCCCCGCGCCGACUUUGAGCAAGGCUUCACUUUCCUCGGUCUCGCUGGCAUCUUCGACCCGCCUCGCAAGGAGUCGCCUGGAGCCGUGGCUGACUGCCGCAAGGCGGGUAUCACGCCCCGCAUGCUCACCGGUGACCACCCGGCCACGGCCACGGCGAUUGCCCUCCAGAUCGGCAUCCUCGACGGCUCCAAGUCGUACUCGAAGAACGCGGUCAUGACGGGUCAGCAGUUCGACGCCCUGACUGACGCCGAGGUCGAUGCGCUCGACGACUUGCCCCUUGUUGUCGCCCGAUGCGCCCCGGAGACCAAGGUCCGCAUGGUUGAUGCCAUCCACCGCAGGAAGCAGACCACCGCCAUGACGGGCGACGGCGUCAACGACUCGCCGGCGCUCAAGCGCGCCGAUGUCGGCGUCGCGAUGGGCACGGGCUCGGAUGUCGCCAAGCAGUCGGCACGCAUCAUCCUCACCGACGACAACUUCGCCUCGGCCAUUCGUGCAAUCCGCAAGGGCCGCUCGGUCUUCAAGAACCUGUCCAAGUUCCUGCUCUACCUCCUAUCGGGCAACAUUGGCGAGCUGGUUGUACUGCUUAUCGGCCUGGCGUUCCGCGACGAAAAGGGCCACUCGGUCUUCCCGCUGUCCCCCGUCGCAGCCCUCUGGAUCAACACCCUCACCGCUGGUCCUCCUGCAAUGGCGCUCGGCCUCGAGCCCACGGCCGCCGACGCCAUGGACCAGCCUCCCUCCGAGUACCGCACGCUGUUCACGUGGGAGUUCUACAUCGACCUCGCGUUCUACGGGCUCCUCAUGGGAGCCCAGGCCCUGAUCAACUUUGUCAUCGUCAUGUACGGCUACUUCCCGGGUGACCUCGGCGUCGACUGCAAUGACAGGGCCAGCAAAGCCUGCGACCCCGUCUUCGCCGCUCGUGCCUGCUGCAUGGCGACCCUCAUGAUCGUCAUGCUCAUCCACGCCCUCCAGUGCAAGCACUCGACCAUGUCCUUGUUCAAGAUGAACCUCUGGGACAACAGGGUGCUGCUGUGGUGCGUCGUGGUACUCGUCCUCUCCAUGUUCCCCGUCGUCUACAUCCCCGUCAUCAACGACAAGGUCUUCCUCAUCGGCCAGCUCAAGUGGGAGUGGGGCAUUGUCUUCGGCAUGGUCAUCAUCUACUUCAUCGCCUCCGAGGCCUACAAGUGGGUCAAGCGCGUGUACUUCCGCAGGAGGGAUGCCAAGCGCGCGAGGAACCAGCCUUCCGCGGCUGUCGCUCGUAUCGAGACGGGCAAGACUGGCGAAGCGCUCCCCAAGACGGCGACGAACAGCCUCUCGGGCUCGCUGACCAACGUGAAUGUUGAGAAGACCCACCAGAUCGUGUAG